GUAGCAUAUGUUUACUUAGCGGCAAACAUUUUUUCCACAUCAGUUUAAUUCCGAAUCUCAAACAGUCAACAACGCAGAGUUUUAAACAAGCAGCGAUGCCAAUUGAAAUCAAUACACCCGAUAAGUUAGAAUAUCAAUUUUUUCCGGCUAGUGGUGGAGUGUUUACCUUCAAAGUGCGUUCACCAAAAGAUGCGCAUAUUGCGCUCGCCCCGGGGCCCCAGGAGGGUACACCAAUGUUUGAGAUUUUUAUUGGUGGGUGGGAAAAUAGCAAGUCCGUAAUACGUAAGGACCGCCAAAAACCAGAUGUUGUUGAGAUCCCCACAGCCGGCAUUCUGGACGCUGGAGAAUUCCGAGGCUUUUGGGUGCGUUGGUAUGAUAAUGUUAUAACCGUUGGUCAUGCCGGUGAUGCCGCUGCGUUCCUCUCCUAUGACGCUGUAGAUUUGUUUCCCGUUAACUAUGUGGGUAUUUGCACUGGCUGGGGAGCUACUGGGACAUGGAUGCUGGAUGAACCCUCUUCACCGACUGCUCCAUCAGCACCAGUAAUGGGUUUUUCAAAUCCUAUUGGAAAUGGACCUGGCUGUUGGGUGCCAGCUGCUAAUGGCGAAACUCCGCCUGGUGCCAUGCAAGGUGGAUUUGACAGUAGUGAGCAGUUGUAUAUUGCGCGUGCGCGUCAUGAGGGCGAUCUUAUUCCAGGCAAACUGCAUCCUUCUCACGGUGUUGUCUAUGUGGCAUGGGGUGGUGGCGAACAUGGCCAUAACGAAUACGAAGUUCUGUGCGAAGGCGGUGGCCUAUGGGUGCCCGUUGAGGCUGGUAAUAUUCCACCUGGCGCUUUUCCAGCUGGCGAGACAAGCGAAGGCGAGCCGCUCUUUAUUGGUCGCGUCACCCACGAUGGUACCGUAACUGUGGGCAAAGUGCAGCCAUCACAUGGUUGUUGCUACAUACCUUAUGGCGGUGAGGAGUUAAUGUAUAAGGAGUUCGAAAUCUAUGUCGCCAAAUAAUUAAUAUUAUGGUAUGAUAUCGAGAGUAAGGAUACUGUCCGUAUGUAUUGAGUUGUACACAAUUGAGCUUCAAAGAUGCUUAAGACAUGCACUAAAAAAAUGUACUAUGCAAAUGCAGAUGAUGAUUUUCUGUAUGCAUAUGACUGUAUUUAAAAACAAAUAAACUAAAGUAAUACAAAUUA